ACGCGCGUCUCCAUCAUGUUUAAUCUUGAUUCUCUGUGUGUGCUCGUGUUGCUGGUUUCCAGCGCGUCCAGAGCUGAUGAAGGUGCUGCUGAUGAUGAUGAUGAAGGUCUGAAAGCACACCCAGUGUCUGACUUCGUCACGUUGGCGGAGCUCGGCACCGUGCGCUCGGCGUGUAAACCGGUUCCGAACACGAUGGGUCUGUGUUUCGGGAUCGGUUACGGAGAGAUGCGCCUCCCGAACCUGCUGGGUCACGACAGCGCGAGGGAAGCGCAGCAGCAGUCCGCCGCCUGGAUGCCUCUGCUCGGCAAGCACUGUCACCCGGACACGCGGCGCUUCCUCUGCUCGCUCUUCGCACCCGUGUGUUUACCGGGGGUCACGGCUCCGGUGCGCCCGUGUCGGGGUCUCUGUGAGGCGGUGCGUGACGCGUGUCUGCCUGUCAUGAGCGCGUUCGGGUUUCCGUGGCCGGAGAUGUUCAACUGCAGCCGGUUUCCAGAUGGAUCGGAGCUCUGCAUCCCCGGAGAAAGAGACCCGAGCCGAGGUGAAGCCCCCGACGCGAUCAGAGGUUCUGCCGUGUGUGAAGUCUGCAGUCCAGACUCAGGAGGAGAGCAGGAGAUCCAGCAGGACUUCUGCAAGAGUCAGUUUGCGUUCAGACUGAGGAUCGGCUCCUGGUCUCUGGUCGGGACAGAUGUGCGUGUGGUUCCUCAGGGACGCAGUCGUGUUCUCCGCUGGGCCGGUGGGCCACGGGCUGCGAUCCAGCAGAGCUCCCUGUGGCUUCCACACAGAUGCUCCUGUCCAGCGCUGGAGGGCCAGCACACGGGCUCCUACCUCGCCCUGGGUCACAUGCAGAGCGGACGCAUGCUCCUCAGAAGACUCCUCAAAUGGUCCCGUGAUGAGAAAGAGCUAAAAAAGUUCAUCAGGACGCUGCUGAGACAAAACUGCUGA